AUGGAUUCUACGACUGGAACACUUUUGGAACGCGUAUUACGCCCUCUUCCAGCCGUUGCUCUCCUCGCUUCGUUGUGUGCCAUAUACAUCCUCGGUAGAGCCCUGUACAACGUCUUCUUCCACCCCUUGCGGAAUUUUCCUGGACCCAAGACUUGGGCUGCGAGCCGAAUCCCCUAUAGCCUCUCCCAGAUUGGCGGAAAGCCUCAUGAAGAUAUCCUUGACUUGCACAACAAAUACGGACCCAUCGUCAGAAUCGCCGAAAACGAGCUGUCAUUCAUCCAUGCCGAGGCAUGGAAGGACAACAACGGUCAUCGCAAGGGUGGAAGACCUGAGAACUCCAAGGAGCCCUUAUCGGUUAUUGGCAAUGAGCACAACUUGUUCGGCGCUAAUCUUGAGGACCAUACCCGGAUGCGCCGCGUUCUCUCCCAUGGAUUUUCAAUGCAGGCUAUGCUCGAUCAACAGCCUCUCAUCUCCACCCACGUCGACCUUCUUAUCCAACGGUUACACCAGUAUUGCGAAGGAGGCGCCCGGCCUGUGAAUAUGGUCACAUGGUACAACUGGGUUACAUUCGAUGUGAUUAGUGACUUGGCCUGGGGUGAGCCUUUGGGAUGUCUGGCGAAAGAAUAUGACCACCCGUGGAUAGCGGCGUUGGGACACACCGUCAAGGCUCAAAUGUAUCUCGGCCUUGCCAAGCGGUUCCCCCCCUUUACUGCCGUGCUAAAAUGGAUGAUCCCGAAGGAAUUGACUCGGAUGGAAAACGACAACUUCGCGUUGGCCGCUUCUAAUGUGGAAAAGAGGAUUGCGUUGGGAGAGUCUCGCCCAGAUUUCAUGGAAUCAAUGAUACGACAGAAGGGCGACAGGGAGAUCAUGAAGCAUGAGAUGGUCAGCAACGCUUUCCUGCUAAUGCUCGGCGGCUCUGAGACGUCUGCGACCGCCCUGUCGGCAGUUACGUACUUAUUGACUUUGCAUCCAGAAGUAUUGUCCAAGCUCACCAAAGAGGUCUUUGGUGCUUUCCAGUCCGAAGAAGAAAUCUGCAUCCAGACUGUCCAGAAGCUCCCGUACAUGCUGGCUGUUUUGGACGAGACUCUCCGCCUGCACCCGCCUCUUCCCCACACUUCACCCCGUGUCGUGCACAAAUGGGGAGAUACUUUUUGCGGAUACUUCAUAAAAGAAGGUACCAUCGUCAGCAUCCCCCAAUGGGCAAUGUAUCACAGUGCUCAGAACUUUACACUCCCCGAGUCAUUCAUCCCAGAGCGUUGGCUUGGGGACCUUCGGUUCGCCAAUGACCAAAGGGAAGCCAGAAAGCCGUUUUCGUUUGGGCCGAGGAACUGCAUCGGGAUGAACCUCGCAUAUACCGAGAUGAGAGUCAUCCUCGCUAGGAUCAUCUGGAAUUUUGAAAUGAAGUUAGCUGAUGACAGCCGAAACUGGACUGAGUCCCAAAAGGCUUGGGUUGUUUGGGAGAAGCCGGCGCUCAAUGUCUACUUGACACCUCGCAACCAGCGUUAG